AUGUCUGCAGUACAGCAGCAGCCCGCUCAGGGCACCGAUUGGGUGAAAACCGCAAAGUCGGUCGCCCAGACAGUUGGCAUGUUCAUGUUCGUCAACUUUGCCAUCAAGCAAGUCACCGGAGGAGUUUCGCAGCAAAAGAAGCUCGACAACGCCCCGAUCCCCAGUGUGGCCACUGGCACCGGCCAGCAGGCUACCGGCUCGUCUUACAGUGCCAUCCCCAACAUGAUCAUGCCUCUUUGGCAGCAGAACACCUCUAUGGACGUCAACGUCUAUGUCUCGCCCUCCUUCGCCAUGCCAGCCCUUAGCCAAAUGCCCGCCGAGUCUCUGGUCCUUCAGGAGCGCAACUACCAUUACGGAGACUGGUCCGACAAGCGUCAGGUUCAUACUACCAUUGACAUUCCUCAGUCGGUACAAGAGAAUGGAACCCUUUGGGCACACAUCUACAUCUCCCAGUCAGGCAGCGUCAUGGAUCCCACCUUGCCUGGCUAUGACUCCUUCAAGGCUUACCGCGUUACUCGACCUCUGACAAACUACCUGGCCAAGAAGAAGGUCCACAAGACUCGCAACCUGCUCGACUCUUCCGAGGCCGAUGAGGCUGUGGAGGAGGAGUCCGCGGGUCCCACCGUCUCCAACUACUACCACCCCAAUAUUACGCUAUCCAUCAUUCCCAACCUCGGAACACCCGUCUACCCCCAGAUGCACCCUGCUAUGCGCCAAUUUGUCUCUCUGGAAACGACUGGUGCUCGCGAUGAGUCUGGCCAAAACGCUUGGUACUAUCCUGUUCUCUACCUGAACACCUUCUGGCAGCUUCGUUCCCAGAUGACCGAGCUCAACUCGACUGUCACCAAGAUGCCUCUCAAUCUCGAUCUGCAGACCGACCCCAACUGGAAAUUCAGCGUCAUGGCAUCCAUGGAUGAAGGUAUGAAGGAGAAUGCCAGAAAAAUUGCUCGUGGAGAGACUACCCCCGGCGGCGGUGAUGGUAGUGAGCUCGAGAUGAUCAAGGAAGUUCUUCUUGACACAAACAUGUACCUUCUUGGUAUCACUGGAUUCGUCAGUAUCUUGCACAUGAUCUUUGAAAUGCUGGCCUUCAAGAACGAUGUCAGCCAUUGGCGCAAGAAGAAGGACAACAUCGGAACUUCCGUCCGCACCAUUCUCGCCAACGUUUUCAUGCAGAGUGUCAUUUUCUUGUAUUUGAUGGACAACAAUGAGAACACUUCCUGGAUGAUCCUUUUCGGACAAGGUAUGGGCAUUGCCAUCGAGGCCUGGAAGGUGACCAAGGCUGUCGAUGUACGUGUGCGUGCUGCUCCUGAGGGCUCUUUGAUCCCCUACCGCGUUGUCUUCGAGGACAAGCACAAGCUUUCCGACGUUGAGAAGAAGACGCAAGAAUACGAUGAGAUCGCUUUCCGCUACCUCUACAUGGUUGCAGUACCGCUUCUUCUGGCCUACGCUGGAUACUCGCUCGUCUACGAUACUCACAAGAGCUGGUACAGUUUCGUCAUUGCCACCUUGGUUGGCUCUGUCUAUGCUUACGGAUUUCUCAUGAUGGUCCCCAGCUUGUACAUCAACUACCGCUUGAAGAGUGUUGCACACAUGCCUGCAAAGGCCAUGACCUACAAGUUCCUCAAUACCUUCAUUGAUGAUCUGUUCGCUUUCACCAUCAAGAUGCCUACACUCCAUCGUCUUGCGACAUUGCGCGAUGAUGUUAUUUUCUUCGUAUACUUGUAUCAGGCCUGGGCCUACAAGGUCGACCACACUCGUGUUAACGAGUUCGGACAGGGUGGCGACGAUGAAGAAGUUGAGGAGAAGAAGGCCAACCAGCCUCUAAAGUCUGCACCCGGAGAGGAUGCUGCUCCCGUCAAAACCGAGGCUUCCACCUCUGGUGCUCAGAGCAAAGCUGGUGCUUCUAGAAAGAGAAAGUAA